AGAUUUUGAUUCAUACAGUGUUUGCCUUGUAUUUUCUGUUUAUUAAUUUGUUAUCAAUCUACAAUAUUUUCUUAUCAUCUUUUACUAUCAAUUAAUCGUUUCAUUUUAUUAUUAAGUAAGGAAUCGUAAAGUAAAAGCAAUUGAAUUUAGUGACAUCCGUGUAUUCACGAUGACAAAACUUUCGUAAAUAAUUUUAAGAGACACAAUCUGCAAGCAAUUUUCCUACCCUCAUUUUUGUAUAUAUUUUUUUUCUGGUUGAAUAAAAGUAAUUUAACUAGCCUAAAUGGAAUCGCGUUUAGUGGAUAUAGCAUUGGGAACAUUAAUGAAUUUUAUGUUCCCUAUCAAAAUGUUACUUCGUGUCUACUCACUUAGUAUUUUGAUGGUAGACAUUGUUUGGGUGGUGGUCAAUGCCAUCUAUGCAGUGUUCCAGACAUUUUAUGAAUUAUUUAAGCCACCACCUUUGAAAUCUGUGAGAUUGGAGACUGCUUUGGUUAUCGGAUCUGGAAGGGGAGUUGGUCGGGAAAUAGCCAUUCAACUAGCUGACUUAGGGGCAAUAGUUCUUUGUGUUGAUAAAAAUAAGAUCAAUAAUGACAAUACAGUUGAUAUAAUAAAACACAAAGGUGGUUCCGCUGUGAGCUUCACUUGCGAUAUAACAAAGAAGGAGAAUGUUAAAAACUUAGCUGCUGAAGUAAAAAAGGACUUAGGCUUCACGAGUAUGCUCUUCUACUGCUGUGGCAUACCAAGUCCAAGGUCAUUAAUCACACAGCCUCCGCAGGAUAUCCACAAUACACUGGACCUGACAUUGACAUCCUAUUUUUGGCUAAUUGAAUAUUUCAUGCCCGAUAUGAAAGCUAAGAACCAUGGACAUAUAGUGGCCCUCACCUCUGUGGCUGGUCUAAGCUAUUUAAAAGAUCAGAUGCCGCUCAGUGUAGCACAGUUUGCUGUCCAGGGCCUAGCAGAGUCACUACUGGAGGAUCUUAGAAUCAACAAAGUUAAUGGUGUACAUGUCACACUUACCCAUAUAUACCCAUUCAUAAUUGAAGAGGAUUCAGAUUUGAGGUUGAAGAUUUCAAGUUACUUCGGCACAAUAACACCUACUCAAGCAGCCAAAUCAAUCCUAGAAAGCGUCCGACGCAAUUACCCUGAAGCUUCAGUGCCCAAGCACCUGCUGUACCUCGGUCACCUGCUGCGAAUCCUGCCGCGGAAGGCGACCGUACUCAUCAGGGAUUUACUCGAUACCGGAGUAGACUUCGCAUAGAUUACAGUUUGUAUUGCCAUAAUAGUGAGCAAAUGAGCCGCUUCGAAUAGACUGCAAGAGAACAAAAAUAAAGCUGGCAAUUGAUUUUUAAUUUUUUUGUAAUGUCUCUUACAUUGCAAGCUAAGGAUCUUGGCAGAUAUUUACCAUGACUUAUAUUUAUUAUAUAUAGAAUAAACAAUCACAAAAAGAUGUCUGCUUCAGUGAAUAUUACAUUAUGAACGAAUUUCAGAUCAGUCGUUGGCUUAGGCUAUGAUUUCAUCUAAGUUUAAAAUAUUUGAGGGAUUUUGUUACCUUUUAUUUUUCAGGGAAUUCCUCAAUUAUAUGAUGUGAUAUUGUAGAUUUGUUUGAGUACUGAGACAGUGAAAUAAUUGUGUCAAAUAUUCAAUAAGGCCACUAUUUAUUACAAUGAGGUGUUAUAUUGCGAAAGGUUAUCUUAUGAGCUAUUGGACUGAGAUUAUUUUGUCCAGUUGUUACUAUUUAUAUCAAAUCUUUAAUAAAUAUAAAAGUAAAAUAGUGUUUAAUAUGACCCAUGUGAACCUAGAUAACUUUUUGUUUCCAAACUUAAAGAUAAUUUUCUAAUUCUAAUUGGUUGUUUACAUAAAUAUUUAAUUUAUUUAUAUAAUUUUCUAUAGAAGCUUACAUAAUUAUUUAUAAUUUCGAACUUUACUAUUUUCUUUAUUUUUCUUAAAGUUGAAUUCAACAUUGUUAGUUUUUUUUUAAUGCAUAAUUCUUACUAUUAGUCCAAGUGCCUUCCAAACUUGGUACAAAAAAGGGCAUUUGGUCUGUAUUGCUUUAGAGAUUAUACAUGUAUAUCUUACUUUUUAGCACAUUCCGAUUUACAAGUUGUCUUUCUUUAUAAUUGUAUAUUUGGGGAUAAUAAAAUAUGUAUAACAUUUUGUCCAUUUGUAUAAUUAAGGAAAGGUAUCUCUAUCUAUCUUCAAGCUAAGUCCCUUGCGAGGUAGGCACAGAGAGUGUAUUUUAU